UUUAUAUUGCAGAAUUUACGAAUAGCACUACCUCAUAUUUGCCUAAUCAUUAUAUCAACCGCCUAUACUCUAUUGGGAGCAGCUAUAUUUCAUCAUUUCGAAAUGCCUUUUGAAAUACGUAUACGUAAUGAAACUGCGCAUCGUAUCGAUGCCUUAAAACAGCGAAUAAUUGAUAAUUUGUGGGAGUUAAUUCAUGAACGGAACGAAAGUAGUGAUAAUUUAUUGAUCAACGAUCAUAUAUCAUUUUCUAAUUGGUCUAAUGUAGCCCAUAUGGGUAUGAAUGAUGUGAUAAGAGAUGUAUUUAUUGACUAUACGAAAAAUUAUAUGACACCUGAUGAUAUAAUCAAGGGUGUUGGUCCAAUCAAAUGGUCCUUUGGAUCCAGCAUAUUUUUUUCCUGGACUGCAAUAACUACUAUCGGUUAUGGACAUAUUGUUCCACGAACGAGUGAAGGACGUGUUGCAUGUCUUUUGUACGCUUUACUCGGUAUUCCGUUGAUUCUUGUUACUAUAGCUGAUAUGGGUCGAUUUUUAUCAGGUGGAAUUAUUUGGUUUCACAAUACAUUGAGGAAAAUUCGAAUCGUAUUAUUGAAAAAAUUUUCACAAUUUUGUAUAAAAUGUUGCAGAUGGAUGCCAUUCAAGAAAAAGGAUCAUAAGACAUUGGCAGGCAUAGAGUAUUCAAUUCAAAAUCAAUUAGUGAAAAGGAAGCGAAUAAAUCAUGUUGAUAAUAUAUCAGAUGCUGGAACUUUCGAAGAUAUAUCCGAAAUUCAUACUCAAGAAAGUGAGAAAACAUUUUCUGAUGACACAAAAGCAAGAGCCGAUGAAUUAGAAGAUGAAUAUACUGCAAUGCAACAUGAGCGAAGGAUUUCCGUAAUAUUCGUUCUUGUUAUCAUGAUAGGCUAUACAGCUGGCGGAGCUUUUUUAAUGCAACUUUGGGAAAAAUGGAAUUUCAUGGAGUCUUUCUAUUUUUGCUUCGUCACAGUCACGACAAUAGGCUUUGGCGACAUUGUUCCACAGAAUGCUGAUUUUUUACCUGCAACACUUGCCUAUAUUGUUAUUGGCCUUAUCAUAACAACAAUGUGCAUUGACCUGGUCGGCAGUGAAUAUAUUCGAGAUAUACACUUCUAUGGUAGAAGCUUAGGAAGAAGUUUCAUGACAAUUGGGGGUAAAGUAGUACAGUUGGGAGAGGUAUUUGGUUAUAUUGCAUUCUUGCAAAAAAAUUAUGGCCUAACAGCUGACCAAAUUGAUCAAUUGGCUCAUUUGCCAGAAGAAUAUUUAUUGGAUUGUAUGAUCAAUGGAAAGCAACCGGACUUGAAGUGGAUUGGUGAAAGACCUUAUGUACCUCCCGAUAUUUAUUAUUUUAAAUGGAUCGAGCAUCCCAGAACAUUAUCAUUUGUCUCAGAGAGAAUAUUGGCCAGCAUGGAAUCCCUUGAUUUAAAUACUAGUAAAUGUAGCACUGCACGCACAUUGACACCUCGAGAAUAUUAUCAGCGAAUUCUGUUGCAAUAUUGCAAACAAAUUCAGCCGAAUGAUCCAGUUUUAAAUUUAGAUCAUAAUCAUGCGUGA